AUGAAAUUCAAUAUUAGUAUAAUUACUUUUGUAUUGGUUUUUUCAAUAAACAUUGUCAGUGGACAAUUGGGUGGUAGCUGGGACAUGUGUGCUUCUUGUAGAUCCAAUGAUAAAUGCUAUAUCGAUACUUGUAAUUUGGCAACUAGUUGCACUCAUACUAAAAUACAAUGUAAUUCCAAUAACAAGUGUAUAGUAGAUGGAUGUCAUCCAACUCUGGGCUGUAAUGCAACUCCCAGGAACUGUGAUGAUCAAAAUCAGAAUACCUACGAUUUCUGUGAUCAACUAGCUGGCUGUGUGAACUCUCCAAUUAUUUAUGGAUCUUUUCCACCCAACCAAUGUCUAAUUCCAUUCACUGAUGCCAACGGACAAGCUGCUGUUUAUAUGAAUCCGUGUUUUGACAACAAUCCAUGUACAAACGACUCUUGUAAUUCUACAGCUGGUGGUCUUUGUGUAAAUACUCCAAUCUUGUGUAAUGACAACAAUCCAUGUACCGUCGACCAAUGUUCUACGAAAAACGGCACCUGCCAAUUCACUCCAAAGUCAUGUGAUGAUAACAAUCAAUGUACAUCCGACUCUUGUAACUCUGCCAAUGGCCAAUGUAUCCAUACUCCAGUAAGUUGCGAUGACAACAACCCAAAGACAGUAGAUCAAUGUGUACCAUCGAUCGGGUGCAUAUACCAUCCACAAACUUCCUGUAACGACAACAACUAUUGUACAACCGAAACAUUCAACUCCACAACAGGUCAAUGUCAAUACACUCCAGUUGUUUGUGAACCAUCAGGUAUCUUUUGUCAAGAAUCCUUUUGUAACCCUGUUUUUGGAUGCAUGAGUAGACAACCUAACUGUGAUGAUGGUAACCCUUGUACCUAUGAUUAUUGUAGUUCUUCAUCACAAUCAUGUGUUCAUUCCCCAUACACUUGUUACGACGGUAAUCGUUGUACUUUCGACCAAUGCAAUCCUCUCACCGGACAAUGCAUCAACACUCCAAUUGAAAAUUGUUUCUAA